CCGGACGCUCGAUCCUGCAACGAUUUUAGCGUUGCUUCUUGAGGUGUUUGUUUAGGUAGCGAUGUAACGAUGUCGUUUUCAUUGUCGGCGAAUUAAAAUGUUUGUAACACUGUGCUACGUAUAUCUGUGGGUGCGCUUCCAGAAGUGCUAUUCAGCGGUCAUACUGAACACCUUGCGCAGACUGUACGCUAAAGAUAGCGCGAUCAGCUUCACCUUCUGCACUUUGAAUCAGUCGCCAGGGAAGUGGCGUCCGGGGGGAGGACCGUUCCCGCAAAGUUUUGACGCUGCCCAACAGUCCCAUCUCCUGCCUGAAAAGAGCGUCUUCCUCCAGCUGGGCGACAAGGCUGUGUUCAUAACUGAGCCUCAGGCAUGUGAUGACCUCAGCAAGUGGACUGUAUUGUUGGGGUCUUCACUGGUUUAUGGUCCACAGAUAGAGAAGAUUUUAUUCAUCAUAGAAGGUGCUUCAGGACACAGCGCGGGCAACUCUUCUCCUCACUCAUCUAAUAAAAAUGUGCUGAAGUGGUCUGACUAUUGUGUGCCCCUGGCAUGUAGCCCCAAGCAACCAUACAGGGCAGUUGCUCAGGCCAGUGUGGAUAACUUCAGCUGCCUGGGGGUGGCCUUUAUGGAAGAUCGCCUUCAGCUGGACAAUGGACUUGUGCCUUCAAAGAUAGUCUCUGUCCUUCUCCAAGAAUCCGCCCUCAAACAGCUGGAAGUGAGGCAACAUCUGGCAAGCCAGAAGAAUUUGAUUUCACUCUCACCCAGCACACAGACUGAGACAUUCCUCUCGGACCCAUCUCAGGGUUUUUCCUGUGAUUGGUUAGCUGAGCCCCAAAAAGGCAGUCUUCUCCGAGCACCAGAGAGAAAUGGUGGGAUAGAACAGAUGCAAGAAUCACAGCCCUUCCACAAUAGCCAAGUUUUUGGAACUGUAUGCAAGGAGGAGGUGCAGUCCUUGGGGAAUCAUCACCACAUGGAUGGCAAUGGCCACCCACUCCAUCUGUCCAGCUGCCAUGAGUGCUUGGAGCUGGAAAACAGCACUAUCCUCUCUGUUAGGUAUGCCUCAGUGGAGAACAUUCCUGAACUUCCUGAUGACAGUUCCACUGAUCUGGUUAGUGGAUAUGAAGCCCAGGAUGAUGGUAAAGGGUUUCUUGAUCAAUGCGGUAGCAUUAACUCUAAUGUUAAACCACCCAAUGUGCUGGUUUACACAGGUGGCUGCCAGGAGCGUUAUCAGAUAAUCCAUGAGCUUUUAACUGAGUGCAUCAGUAUGGACAACUAUGUAAUAUACCACCUACAGCCACAGCACGUUCUAACUGGUCCUUGGCUAGAGAGCACCAUGCUGCUGCUGCUUGCUGAGGAAGAACCCCUGGAGCCAGAGAUACAGACCUGUUUCCUCACAUACCUGAGCCAGGGUGGCAAGGUCCUGGGAUUGUCUUCUACCCUCUGCCCUGCAGGGCUCUCUUUGGAAGCCAGGCAUGGUCAGCAUAGGCAGGUCAGCACUCUAAGCUUUACCAGAGAAGACAGCACAGAAUUGGAGCUGAGUGUGCUGGCUAAUGGAAAUGUAUUCAUCAGAGACCAAUGGGGAGGAGGAGAAGUAGAACUGUGGGGAGAGCUGAAGCAAGCACAUCUUAAUGGAGAGAGAGAUAUGGUCAUUGUUAGGAUGACUCAUGGAGACGAUGGAGGGGAAGCUGUCCUGUGCCAGGUACACCUGGAACUUACUCCAGACUCACAGCAAGUGACAGCAGAAGGCUUUAAUGACCUAAAGGUGAGCAAUGUACAUCGCUACGAGGUCCUGACUGAAAUCCUCACUUCUUUGGGCCUCUCUUGUGAACGAAACCAGGACCCACUUCCGACCGCGAUCAACAUCCUUUCCACUUCUCAGAAGCGCAGAGCUGACUUCCUCAUGUGGCUGCACAACCAUGCAGACAAAGAUGGCCUAAUCAAGUUGACCAAAGCCUCCCUCAAACUUGUGUCCAGUGCUGAGCUUCAAGAUGGACACGUGCUGCCUCAGGGGUGCUUGGCACUAGACACCAACCCUCCAGAGUCCCAGAGCUGGGAAAACUUUAACCUGGAGACCUACAGCAAGCACCUGCAGUCCCAUUUGCUGGGGCAUGUUGUGCUCUACACAGAUGUCACUCCUUCCACUAUGGAUCUUUUGGAAGGGCUAACGCUUCACUUAUCAAAGAAAACAGGGUUAAUAGCUAUUGCUGGACGACAAACCCGAGGCAAAGGCCGUCGAGGGAAUGUUUGGCUGAGUCCCAAGGGCUGCGCCAUGUUCACAUUGAAUGUUCAGGUGGAGCUAAACUCCAGGCUUGGUCAGCGGAUUCCCUUCCUGCAGCAUCUGGCUGCCCUGGCUGUGGUGGAGGCCGUACGCACCCUGCCCGGAUAUCAAAACAUAGACCUGAGGGUGAAGUGGCCCAAUGACAUCUACUACAGUAAUCGAGUUAAGCUGGGAGGAGUACUGGUGACUUCCACUGUCAUGGGACCGACCUUCCAUCUCCUCAUUGGAUGCGGCUUCAAUGUCAGCAACAGCAACCCUACCAUCUGUAUUAACGACCUGGUCAGGCAGCAUAACCGAGAGCACAGUUCCAGUUUAGAAGCCCUGGAUAUGUCCCAGCUCAUAGCACGCACUGUCACUUCCCUGGAGGGGCUAAUAUCUGUCUUCCAGCAAGAGGGACCAGAGGCCAUCCUGCCCAUCUAUUAUAAGAGAUGGAUACACAGUGGGACUUGUGUGCACCUUUGGAGUAAGGAUGGACCAGAGGCAAAGGUGGUAGGCCUAGACGACAAUGGCUUCCUACAGGUGUACUGCGAGGAGAAGGGUGUGGUCUCAGUGGAGCCUGAUGGCAACUCCUUCGACAUGCUGAGGAACUUGGUGGUCACCAAGCAACAUUAGGAACCUUCUGGAGAACGUUACCUAAGACUUACUACCACAGAUAUCAGUCAAGUCAGGAUUUGAGCUUACGCGGUAAAAUGGGGCUAAAGUUUGUAUUGACAUUUAAUUUGACCUCUCCAACCGCAGAUUUCAUGUAAUUAUAUUCCAGUGUGCAUCUUGUUCUCGAAUUGUUUCUAUUUUCCCAUAUUUUACUUCACCACAUCAGACUAAAGGGGAGACUAGCACUUCUGUUUGCUUUUGUUAAAGUAAAAAAGUAAGUAAAUAGUAAUUAUGGUACCCUGUUCAUUAGCAGAGUAUUGGGUUACUUUGUUCAAGGGUUUAAAGAAAUAUUUAUAAUACUUGCAUCAUUUAUUGGUAAGUAACUAAUCUUUUUGCCCCCUCUGUCUCUCCCCCAACCAACUGCAUCCUCCACAUCAGCAUUUCACCAGCAUUUAGAGUACUAUAUACCUUUGAUUAUGAACAUUUAAUAUUUAAAUAAUUGAGAACAUUGUAGAUGUUUUCUGUCAUCUAAACUUGAUUGGCAAAUAUUUCACUCAUCACUUGAGCUCUUAAUCGCUCUACCUGUAGAAUUACAAUAAACUACCCAAAACAGUUGCACUUCAUUCAUCUCCGUGUCCUGCGUUUGACCUGCCCUAACAGGAGCAGUGGGCAGCCAAAGGGCAGCUCACUGGAUAUACCCUCAAGUUCUCAUGCCGGGGCCUUGGUCAAGCGCAGUGUCAAGAGUAUCUAACCCAGUGGUUCUCGAACUACUUCCUGUCAUGCCCCCCUAUGAGGAAGAAAAAUGUUUAUGCCCCCCGCCCCAACAAAAUGCAGCAAGUUUAACUUUAUUUAAAGAACAUCAGGAUCAUGAACAUUCCUGUCACUUUGCUUUCAGUAAUUUCUGUUGCGCAAAUAACAAACGCAAGUUCCACUUCAACUUUAUCACACCUCUUUUUGUGACAUUUGUCACUAGAUUGCUCCAUCAGUCUGGUUUUUUUUUUCAAAAACAAAAACGAAAUAAAAUUGAAAAAUCACUUUGCUAGAACAGUAACAAUAAAGUUCAAUCUGUACAACGACAAAAAAAGAACAAAUGCAGAUAUUCGGGAAAAACGAUGAGCAAGUCCAUUUGUGAAAGCUCAAGUCUUAUCGCUGCAUUAGUGGCUGCAAUGAGCCGGUUUUGCGCUGCACGUCUUUUCAAAACGGGGUUGCAGGU